UCCCAGCCAGGCGGGUAAUUCGAACGUUGCUGUUGCUGUCGGCCGUCCGGCUUGGCGCGAGCCCCGGCGGCGGAGGCCGUGGCGGAGAUCGAGACCAAGGCGAAUAUGUCCGGGAGGCGAACGCGGUCCGGAGGGGCCGCCCAGCGCUCCGGGCCCAGGACCCCAUCUCCUACUCAGCCUCUGCGGAGGUCCCAGCGGAAAUCAGGCCCGGAUCUCCCGAGCACCCUCCCUGAAAUCUGGCCCAAGGCAUCCCAUGCGGCUUCAGUCAGAAAGCCCAUCGUUUUGAAGAAGAUCGUAGCCCACAGUGUCAAGGUGAGGGCUAACAGAAGGGCUGUGGGUUGGGAGCCAAAAUGGGGGGGGGGGUGGAUCUGUGAUCGGUUAUUGCUGUCUCCGCAGAUCCCACCUGUGCACACGCCUCGAAGGAGCCCAAGGAUUGCCUUUUUCUUGGAGAAGGAAAACGAGCCUCCUAGGAAGGAGCCUGCUGGGGAGGAGCUCUUCAAGACAAGCAGCGUCCCCGCCACCCCCACCCCCACCCCCACCCCCACCCCGGUGCUGUGCCCCCGGAACGUCGAGUCCAACUGCGGGGAGGAAGACCUGGACGCCAGAGACUUGGAGAUGUCUAAGAAAGUCAGGCGCUCCUACAGCCGCCUGCAGAUGCUCGCCUCCGCCUCCGCCUCCACCCCAGGCCGCCGGUCUUGCUUUGGCUUCGAGGGCCUGCUGGGCGCGGAGGACUUGGCCACAGUCUCACCGGUGCGGUGUUCAAAGUUGACCGAAGUCCCCAGGGUCCCUGUGCAGCCCUGGGCCCCAGAUACCACGCUCCCCGGAAUCUCCCCACCCGCCAUGAAGGAGAAGCGGAAGAAGAAGAAGGUGCCCCAGAUCCUGAAAUCCGAGCUGGAUGAAUGGGCCGCGGCCAUGAACGCUGAGUUCGAAGCUGCGGAGCAGUUUGAUCUCCUGGUUGAAUGAGAUGUCACGGGGGCCGUGUUCUCCCCUCCUUGUACAUAGCCCCUCCUCCCCGCGGAGAAGACACUUGGGGUCCCCUGUCCCGGCCUUGUUCCCCGCGCCUGUGCCGUCGCCACACGAGGCUCGUCCUCUGAAAGCUUGGGAGGCAGCAGCCAUCUCAGGAAACGGGGCCCCCCUGGCCUGGCCACGCGCUGGCGCCCUGUGUCUAGUCCGACCCACCAGCCUCUCCCUCCCUCCCAGGGGAGCCCAGCCAGGGAGUAGAUGACCGGUACAGCCAGGGGAGGCGAAAGGGCUGGGGUUGCAGGUGAGAGAGGACCCGGGCCCCCGUUGGGGAUGGGGUCGCUCUGCACCAGCCCCAGCCCAGGCCCGUGGCCGACCUCAGGCCCCCGCCCCCUGCGCUGUCUCCUCCUGGGGGCUUGGUUCCUGGCCACGCGCCCACCUCUGUCAGGAGGCUCGGGCUGUGGACGUCCAGGAGCGAACUUGAGCCGUGAGGACGGAGUUGGACACUGUAGUUUUGCCUUAUGGAGGAGGGAGGGAAGUUCCGGUUGGGUCUGAGACCAUAAGCUUUUACUGGAAGCUGUUUCUUAGCUCUGCUCUGCCGCCGAGGUGUUCAGUUAAAUGCCAGGCAGCUGGGGGCAGUGACGGUGCAUGUUGGCAGUGUGGCCGCAGGAGCUCUGCACGGGGCCAGGAAGGGGCUGCGGCAGGGGGUGCCCUUCAGGUCCCUUAGCCUAUUUCUUACAAAGCAAAGCACAGAGUCUGCGCCACUGUAGAGGGGAGACAGGGUCAAGUGAUCCAAAUCCUAGUCUUGCUAGCGUUUUGCAGCUACGCCCGUAAAGUUCUAGGAGGCGCCUUUUCACCCGCCAGGAAGGGACAAGGGCUGGAGACAGUUGUUACUUUUAGGUGUCCCUUAGCGUCUGCUCACCUGAGGACACUGGUGAGCUGCUGGGAGCGGACAGGUGCGCGCAGGUGUGGGUGUGCUGUCUCGUUUCUGGGGAGCCCUGCUCCCCUGCAUCUCUUUUAUCCGUGCUGGUAAAAAACACGCUCGCGGAGGCCGCCCUCCCAUGGUUUCUGUCGUGCCCCAAGCCAGUGCGUCUUCUGAUGUUGGCAGGGCCAGUGGGUAGCAGGGUGUAGGGGGAGGUGUGGCGUGCUGGGUUGGGGUGCUUGAUGAACCCGGUGGGCGCCCGCGAAAGCCCUCGAAAGGCCUGGGGAUCCUGGGCUUCCUGGUCAACACCCCUGGUCAGACCCUGCCCCCGAGCCCCCUUGCCAGGACGGGCCCAACGCUCCAGAGCCGGACCGCUGAAGAUUCUGGUGCUCGCCGGCCGGUGGGCCGGAGCGCCUGGCAAGCGUCUCAGCCCCACGAAGUUGGGAAGUAGCGAGGUGCCAUCUUGAUGUCAUCACUGCAAAUUCUCUGUGUCCCUGAAAAACUGAGACUGGGAUUUAAGGGAAAAUUGUGUUGUUGUUUUAAUAAAAAAAAAAAAAACUUUUGAUUACGAA